AUGGGCAUCAGAGUAGCUGUGAGCUGCACUGUGUUGUAUACCCUACUGGACGUGGUUGUCACCACUGUCAUAUACACACACCGAUCACACUUGAGCAUAUUCAGAAAUGAUGCCCUGAACUUUAACAUCCUCCAGUCAGCAUUGGACCUCUGGGGGACUGUGCUGCUCAGAGCCUCCCUCCUGCUAGGAGCCUCCAUAGGGGUGUCAUGGAAUAGAAAAGACGGCCCACCGAGGGUCGCAAAACUCACCACCCUCAUUGUCCUCACCUGCCUGAUCGUCGCCACCUACGCCCUGGCCAAGAUGCUGAUACUGAGCGAGCUGGGGCCUCUGAGCCACCAGCCCUGGAUCCUGAGCCUGAUAUGUUGGACUUGUGCCUCUUCUCUGGGUGUCCUGCUGCUCUGGAGACUGCUGGGGAGGGAGUCCAACUCGGCCAGCAGUCACUACAACAGCAGCAGCAGCAGCGGUGGAGGAAAAGGGGCCUCCCAGGACACUGACAAGCUGAUGGAGACAGCUGGUGAGGAGGAGCAAGAGGAGGAGGAGGGAAGCCAGGAGAAGGAGAAGACCAGCUCUGGGGCUACACUGGGACGUCUGCUGCUCUACUGCAGAAAGGAUGGUGGGCUGCUCUCUGUAGCCGUCCUCUUUCUCAUCAUCUCAGCUGUGUGUGAGGCUUUCAUACCGUACUACUAUGGGAAAGCAAUUGAUAGCAUUGUGGUUGACCAGAGCAUGGUGCACUUUGCUAAGCCUGUGAUCACACUGUCAGUGCUGGCCUUUGUCAGUUCCCUUGGAAUGGGAGUACAUGGAGGAGUCUUCACUCUGACGAUAGCUAAAUUAAACCUUCGGCUUAGGAACCAUCUCUUCAGAACUCUUAUGAGGCAGGAAAUUGGCUUUUUUGAUGAAAACCAUACAGGUGACAUCAUUUCACGUCUGUCAGCUGACACCACCCAGAUGAGUGACCUCCUUUCCCUGAAUAUCAACAUCUUCCUGCAAAGCACCAUCAAGGGCAUUGGCAUCUUCAUCUUCAUGUUUGGGAUGUCCUGGAAGCUCACACUGGUGGCCAUCAUGGGAUUUCCUUUCAUUGCCAUUGUCUCUGAACUUUAUGGCAAUUACUACAAGAAAUUGACCAAAGAGGUGCAAACAAUCCUUGCAGAUGCCAAUAAAGUUGCAGAGGAAACCAUUUCAUCCAUGAGGACAGUACGGAGCUUUGCCAACGAAUGUGGGGAGGCCGAGUCCUACUAUGGCAAGCUUUUGGUCAUGUUCCAGCUCAACAAAAAACAAGCCCUGGCCUAUGCUGGCUACAUGUGGUCCAGUAAUAUCUCAGAGCUUGCUUUAGAGGUUGUUAUCCUCUACUAUGGCGGCCACCUUGUAAUAACUGGUCAGAUGAGUAGUGGUGCCUUGAUAUCUUUUUUCAUAUACUUGCUUGAACAGGGAGAAUGUCUUCAGAAUAUUGCAUCAGUGUACACAGGCCUCAUGCAGGGAGUUGGAGCUGCUGAGAAGGUUUUUGAGUACCUGGACAGGAAACCCAAACACCCAGCUGAUGGCACAGAGGCUCCAGACACAUGCACCGGUGUGGUGGAAUUUAAAGACAUCAAGUUUGCCUAUCCAACACGCCCUGACACUGAAAUUCUCAAGGGAGUGUCAUUCACUUUGCGGCCUGGGGAGGUGACCGCCCUCGUGGGUCCUUCAGGCAGUGGAAAGAGCUCCUGCGUGAGUCUGCUGGAAAACUUCUACCUUCCUCAGCAAGGCCAAGUGCUGCUGGAUGGAAAGCCCAUUCACACCUUCCGGCACGACUACCUCCACUCCAAGGUAGCUCUUGUGGGCCAAGAGCCUGUGCUGUUUGCCCGGACGGUCGAGGAGAACAUCACCUAUGGCCUGACUGACGUCCCAAUGGAGACUGUGGUGCAGGCUGCCAUCAAGUCGAAUGCUCACGAUUUUAUCACCUCCCUCCCUACAGGCUAUGGAACAAAUGUUGGAGAGAAAGGCACCCAGUUGUCAGGGGGGCAGAAACAAAGGGUGGCCAUUGCAAGAGCUCUCAUCCGCAACCCUCGUGUUCUUAUCCUGGACGAGGCGACCAGUGCCCUAGAUGCAGAGAGUGAACACAUUGUUCAGAAGGCUCUAAACAACAUCAUGCAGGAGCGCACGGUGUUGGUGAUCGCCCAUCAGCUCAGCACUGUGGAGAAGGCAGACAACAUCAUUGUGAUCGACGGGGGCCAUGUGGCUGAACAAGGCUCUCACAGUCAGCUGAUGGCCAGUGGGGGGCUAUACUACAAGCUGGUGCAGAGGCAGGUCCUGGGCAUCGAGACAGGGGCGGAGGUCCUCAACAAAUCCGAAAAACUCAGCUGGAAGUCUAAUGGUGGAAGGCAGCGGAGAAGGCAAAGCAUCAGUGGCAGAAUAACUAUCUUAAUAAGCAGCAUGGGCAUCAGAGUAGCUGUGAGCUGCACUGUGUUGUAUACCCUACUGGACGUGGUUGUCACCACUGUCAUAUACACACACGGAUCACACUUGAGCAUAUUCAGAAAUGAUGCCCUGAACUUUAACAUCCUCCAGUCAGCAUUGGACCUCUGGGGGACUGUGCUGCUCAGAGCCUCCCUCCUGCUAGGAGCCUCCAUAGGGGUGUCAUGGAAUAGAAAAGACGGCCCACCGAGGGUCGCAAAACUCACCACCCUCAUUGUCCUCACCUGCCUGAUCGUUGCCACCUACGCCCUGGCCAAGAUGCUGAUACUGAGCGAGCUGGGGCCUCUGAGCCACCAGCCCUGGAUCCUGAGCCUGAUAUGUUGGACUUGUGCCUCUUCUCUGGGUGUCCUGCUGCUCUGGAGACUGCUGGGGAGGGAGUCCAACUCGGCCAGCAGUCACUACAACAGCAGCAGCAGCAGCGGUGGAGGAGAAGGGGCCUCCCAGGACACUGACAAGCUGAUGGAGACAGCUGGUGAGGAGGAGCAAGAGGUGGGGUUUGAGAGGAGGAAGAAGGAAAAAGAGGAGGAGGGAAGCCAGGAGAAGGAGAAGACCAGCUCUGGGGCUACACUGGGACGUCUGCUGCUCUACUGCAGAAAGGAUGGUGGGCUGCUCUCUGUAGCCGUCCUCUUUCUCAUCAUCUCAGCUGUGUGUGAGGCCUUCAUACCGUACUACUAUGGGAAAGCAAUUGAUAGCAUUGUGGUUGACCAGAGCAUGGAGCACUUCGCUAAGCCUGUGAUCACACUGUCAGUGCUGGCCUUUGCCAGUUCCCUUGCAAUGGGAGUACGUGGAGGAGUCUUCACUCUGACGAUAGCAAAAUUAAACCUUCGGCUUAGGAACCAUCUCUUCAGAACUCUUAUGAGGCAGGAAAUUGGCUUUUUUGAUGAAAACCAUACAGGUGACAUCAUUUCCCGUCUGUCAGCUGACACCACCCAAGUGAGUGACCUCCUUUCCCUGAAUAUCAACAUCUUCCUGCGGAGCACCAUCAAGGGCAUUGGCGUCUUCAUCUUCAUGUUUGGGAUGUCCUGGAAGCUCACACUGGUGGCCAUCAUGGGAUUUCCUUUCAUUGCCGUUGUCUCUAAACUUUAUGGCAAUUACUACAAGAAAUUGACCAAAGAGGUGCAAACAAUCCUUGCAGAUGCCAAUAAAGUUGCAGAGGAAACCAUUUCAUCCAUGAGGACAGUACGGAGCUUUGCCAACGAAUGUGGGGAGGCCGAGUCCUACUAUGGCAAGCUUUUGGUCAUGUUCCAGCUCAACAAAAAACAAGCCCUGGCCUAUGCUGGCUACAUGUGGUCCAGUAAUAUCUCAGAGCUUGCUUUAGAGGUUGCUAUCCUCUACUAUGGCGGCCACCUUGUAAUAACCGGUCAGAUGAGUAGUGGUGCCUUGAUAUCUUUUUUCAUAUACAUGCUCGAACUGGGAGAAUGUCUUCAGAAUAUUGCAUCGGUGUACACAGGCCUCAUGCAGGGAGUUGGAGCUGCUGAGAAGGUUUUCGAGUACCUGGACAGGAAACCCAAACACCCAGCUGAUGGCACAGAGGCUCCAGACACAUGCACCGGUGUGGUGGAAUUUAAAGACAUCAAGUUUGCCUAUCCAACACGCCCUGAGACUGAAAUUCUCAAGGGAGUGUCAUUCACUUUGCGGCCUGGGGAGGUGACCGCCCUCGUGGGUCCUUCAGGCAGUGGAAAGAGCUCCUGCGUGAGUCUGCUGGAAAACUUCUACCUUCCUCAGCAAGGCCAAGUGCUGCUGGAUGGAAAGCCCAUUCACACCUUCCAGCAUGACUACCUCCACUCCAAGGUAGCUCUUGUGGGCCAAGAGCCUGUGCUGUUUGCCCGGACGGUCGAGGAGAACAUCACCUAUGGCCUGACUGACAUCCCAAUGGAGACUGUGGUGCAGGCUGCAAUCAAGGCGAAUGCUCAUGAUUUUAUCACCUCCCUCCCUACAGGCUAUGGAACAAAUGUUGGAGAGAAAGGCACCCAGUUGUCAGGGGGGCAGAAACAAAGGGUGGCCAUUGCAAGAGCUCUCAUCCGCAACCCUCGUGUUCUUAUCCUGGACGAGGCGACCAGCGCCCUAGAUUCAGAGAGUGAACACAUUGUUCAGAAGGCUCUAAACAACAUCAUGCAGGAGCGCACGGUGUUGGUGAUCGCCCAUCGGCUCAGCACUGUGGAGAAGGCAGACAACAUCAUUGUGAUCGACAAGGGCCAUGUGGCUGAACAGGGGUCUCACAGUCAGCUGAUGGCCAGUGGGGGGCUAUACUACAAGCUGGUGCAGAGGCAGGUCCUGGGCAUCGAGACAGGGGCGGAGGUCCUCAACAAAUCCAAAAAACUCAACUGGAAGUCUAAUGGUGGAAGGCAGAGGAGAAGCCAAAGCAGCAGUGGCAGUGAGUCUGAACACAAUUUGCGCUACUGAGCAUGAACUGCAGGGUGUGGUAAUGGAAUUGGACUGUUGGAAGGGUUGAUUAUUUCUGGAUAUUCUGGGAUUCAAACCAUAUGUACUGUAGAAACUAUUUUGUGCAGUAAUUCACAAGUGUAAAGUUCCCUCACUGAAAUCCAGGAACGUGAUAUAUUUUAUUGUAAUUUGAUCAUGUCAGAAUCCGGUCAGGUUGAGAUCCACUUAUAGACAAACUGAGAGGUAUUAUGAAGUAAAAAAUAUAGUUGAAUGUCUUAGAACAUAUCAUAGAGCAGUGAUUCCCAACCAGGGGUACUUGUACCAAGGUAGAGACGUUCUGAUACCAUGUCCUUCCCGAUACUGAUUUCGAUACCCAAAUUGAACCUCGCUGAUACCGCGUACCAAUCCGAUACCAGUGUGUUAACAAUUAUAUAUAUACUUUUAUAUAAAGUAUUGCUGUCAAAAAUGUUUGGGAAUUUCCGCCUUUUAUUACCAGGAUAGCUUAGAUAUGAAAGGGGAGAGAGAUGGGGAAGACAUGCAUGAAAUUGCCACAGGAUUCGAACGCAUGUUCUGUGAUGUCGCUCCAUAGUUUGGGAAAUCAGGAAGCUGUAGCAGUAACGAUGGUGAAAGUGUUGCCAACUUGGUGACUUUCUCGCUAGAUUUAGCAACUUAUAAAUAUAUUCAAAUUAGGUCUGUCAAAAUUAACGCAUUAAA